AUGCAAAACGAAGUUAUCGAAAAAACAGUGGUCUUCGAAAUACCACUUCCUGAUAAUGAAGGCUGCCAUGAAUGCUCUUAUCUAGAGCUUUUGCAGCAGCACCUGGAAUCAAUUAGCAAUGAAAAACCACAGGACGAUCCUUUUGCAUCCAAAGAUGCAGUGGAGGAAAAGAAGCUUUCAGAACUUGCUAAGGCACUGGAGAGGAAAUAUGGAACUAUGGUCACCAUGAAAAAUAGUGAAAAGCAGAAACGAGUUCGUAUCGAUGACUUUCUGAAUCCGGGAGAUGGGUACGAUACCCAAGAUUCUUUUAUUGAUGACUCAGAAGCCAUUGAUGUUUUCGUGGCUCCAAACAUUUCGACCAAGUUUGGUGGAUAUUUUGUACAUCAAGGAAUUGUAGAAGGACUUGAAGACCAGAGUGCUAAGAUCGAAGCAUCUUGGAAUGCAAGGAUAUUGACGAACACUAGUUCCUCCCAGAACGCUAUGCGAAAGAAAAAUAAAUCCAAGGAACUUCUGGAUAAGGCUGUAAAGCGCUUGUCAACAGCUAAUGCUUUCAAGCCGAAGCUGUUCUGUUCAGAAUCCCGAAGUCAAAUGCGCAACUUGGAUUCGGUGUUUGAUGAAGUUUUGUCCUCACCGAAGGUGAUCACACAAGGUGAUACUGCGAAAGAUAUGGACAACUGUCAAAAUUUGAUUGACAAAUGUGAUACUGUACCUACCACUUCCCACACAAAACUGACACAUGACUCGGGAAAACCUAAACCUCUUCCUGAAAACUUGCCAUCGGAGAUAAUAACGUGUCUGAACAACCUAACAGAGUUGAACAAAUAUGGGACACAACAGCGUCGUACAAUGGGGAAGCCUUUUGAUACAGAGUUGUUAAAAUUAGAUAUAAAAUUAAAAGAAUUAAUUUCAAAUCAAUCAGUCAGGUCAGAUGUGUUCAGUUACUUGGAAAGUCAUCUGCAGCUGAAGCACAAAGCUGUGAUGCGUAGACUGAAAAAAUUGAAGGAAGACAAACAGGAACAGAGAAUGCAUCCAUUGUUAGACUCACUUGGAGAAGCUAUUUCAUCGUCUAUGCCUCCGAUUGUUGAAAGUUAUGCGAAAGACAAAGAGGUUCACUUGGAACGCGUUAAAGCCUGGCAAACAGAAAAUUUGCAGAAUGGUUUGGAUUUACCAGAUUGUCAGGGUGCUAAUGGUUCAAUCGAUGGUAACUUGUCCAAACGACCUUCGAAACCUGGUCCUCCCAAAAAAAUCUAUCGCUGGAAUUCUGAAUGCCGGCAACUUUUCGAGAAAAUCAUUCUUUGUCGACUUGAAAGUUAUAAACUGUUGAAUAUAAAAGGCUCCGCUGAAGACUAUCUUAGACGUCUGUUUCCAACUUUAAUACAACUUUGGCCUGAUGGCUGGAUGACUAACGCUGCUCUAUGGCGUACUGCUUUACCAAUCUUCCAGAAAUUUUGCAGUGAUCAUGGUUUAUGCAACAAUACAUCAACGUCUCAGUCAACUACGAAAACUUCAACUAACAAUAACUUGAUGAACACAAACAAUAGUAAAAAUUCCGUCUCAUCAUCUACGAACUCGACACCUUUGGCUGACUCCAGUGUUUUAUCACAAAAUUCGCCAGUUGUCAUUGUGCCUAAUAUUUCUAAUAUUUCAGCAUCGACUGUGGCUAAAACAGUUCCAAAAGUAACUACUUCUGUCGUAUCAAACAACAGUCCUCGUACAAGCCUAUCGGUUGUUUGCAGCCCUAAAUCUGGUUCGCAUCCAAUCUCCGUUACAAAACACUGCCAGUUGUCUCCUACAGUACAGUCAACUUCGCAAUCAGCAAACCGGUCUAACUUCCGAAUUACUUCAUCUACAGUUAAUCAAAGUUCAAAUAGCUUAAAACCUACUAAUAAAGCCCCAGUUACCGUUUGCAUAGACACUGGGUCAUCUCGCCUGUCGUAUGUACUUCAGUCCACAGCGGGGUCUUUAUCAUCAAACUCAUUAGUAGUCUCUCUAGCAUCCUCAGUAUCACAGGCCUCACAACUCACUCGCACACCUAUUUUGCAAAAUGAAGCUGUGCUUGGUCGAACUGCUAAUUCAACCUUACCUCUGCGUCUUGUUUCAUCCAGUUCUACAAAUCCAACAUCGUCUGUUUUAGUAUCUAAGGCAAUACAGCUCAGUUCUGAAUUUGGAAAGCCCUUGGUCAACACAAUUGCUCUAAAGAGACAAUCCUAUCCGCAGACCCAAUAUUCCCAACAGGCGCCAAAUAAUCAAGUUAGGUGCAAUGAUAUAGGAAAAUCAUUAAUUUCUGUCAGUGAUAGUUUACCGAAAUCUAGUCCGUCACAACCACCGAAUUUCUCUCAUGAUUCAAAUAAAUUCAGUCAACCGUCGGCUUACCAGUCUGCAGCCGUCGCUUUAUCUAACCAACAAAUCGACCAACUACAACAUCGAGCGUUAUCUAGCACUGGUCGAGUUGGAUUAAAUUUGAAUGCAACUCUGAAUGCAGCAGCAGCUCUUCUCUUCCCUCCACAACCACCUCCUGCUCACCAGUCCAAGUGUCCUAACUUAUCCCCUCAAAAAGAGCUCCUUGUGGAAAGAAACACUGUUCUAACAAUUAAAGUGAACUUGAACGUUCCAAUGAAAACUAAUUUGUGA